ACACACCAUUGCUUCCAGGUUCUAAAGGGCUAAACGAUACUUUCAAAGUUGAAGCUCUUAUUUCCUAUUUAAAAUCCUUGCUUCUGAAGGCAACACUGCUACCAGGAAUUAGCUUGACGUCCUAAAGUAGCUUAUGCGUUGCUAACAUCUGUGUUCACAUUAUCAACCACAACAAUCAUGUCUUUUAAGAGGGAAGGCAACGACAAGAGUCAGCUGAAUAUUCUGAAGAAAAGGCGUGUAGCAGACCUUUUGUCUCACUUUAUUCCAGAGGACGAGGCUGCUCUUAUGAAAAAUGGAAGAUACACUUGCCUUGUGUGCCCCCACCGCCCCGUGUUUGAUACAGUUGAUGUGCUGACGGUCCACAGGAAAGGGAAGAGGCACCUAGAAGGUGAAACAAGAUUAAAGGCAUUCUACGGCAAGAAAACCAAGCUGAAGAAUGAAAUAACAAAACGUCAACAUGAAACCUAUGUCCAGGCUGAAGAUGGAAAACAGGAGCCAUCCAGUUCAGCCCCUCUACUGGAGAAAACUCGAAAGCUGACCCAUCACGCUCUACUGAAGACUGUGCCGUAUAACAGCUGCCAUAGCAAAACCAGUACAAAAUCUGAAAAAGAACCCACGAGUACCGGCUCAGAUCCCAGUGGCAACAUCUGCAACAAAAUAUCAUCUGCAUGUUGGAAAACUGAAGUUUUACACAAUUUACCAUCAAGCGGCGCUAGUGACUGCACAACAGGUAAACCAAAGAAGAGUCACUUCCAUCAAAAGACACAACAUUAUCUCAGGUUGAUGCAACACCUUUAACCGCCCAGAGGAAAAGAGAGCUGGAGCACUAUCUCAAACUGAAAAGUGAUGGGUGGUUGCAAGAUCGUAGCGGCAAGUGGGUCAAAGACGAGAACGUGGAGUUUGACUCGGAUGAAGAAGAGCCUGGUUCACUAGUGCCUCUAUCUGCAAGUCAUUGAGAGGACUUAGAACUGUGUGAGAACACAUGUACACUAGUACCACAGUGGUACGUUCAGAAGCUACAGUGCUGCAUCUUCAAUCUUGCAUUGAAUUUCAUUGUUUUCUCAUCCUGAUAGGUCUGUUUGGUUUUGUACAUCCAUAUGUAUGUUGAAGGAAUUCCAGGCAAAGUUUCCAGAAAUUACUUAUCAGUAAUGAAUUGGGCAUUGAAGCCUGGUCAAACUGCACAUGUAUUAAUGACCAAAAUUUAAUUGGAAAAAAUGAAUGAAAUCAAUAAAGAGUUCAUCCAGUGUUUGCUGGAUGAACAAAAUCUUUAAGACUUUAAGAUUUUGACUGUAAGUAUAACUUCGGCUUCUUGAACAAACCUUGCCUUGCAUCUUUUAUGACUUAUUCUUUAAAUAUUGCAGGUAUUAGGAGUCACCUUUGUUAUACUUCAAUGUUAUACUGUUAUAAUUCAAAAUCUUGUCAGUAUUUAAUCCCCACCAUAUUCCGUUAGUCCCACAGCAAGUUAAAGUAUAGAAGUUACGCCGACUUGACCAUGUCAUAUUAAUUAUCAUCAUCGUCAGUCUGACGGUGGAAGUCUGAAGGAUCAAAGGCGCACCAUUAAAGGAUGAACAAACACUUCAACUGGGUGUCUCUUGUCUUCUGCGCAAUCAGUCACCUCUGUCUGGAUCACUCUAAGGUAGCCUUACUAUACACUUAUCAGGCAUAACAUUAAAACCACUGACUGACUGAAGUAAA